AAUUUAUUAAUUCAUUAUUUAAUUAAUUAAAAAAUUUCACGAAAUCCAAUGACCAUCUCCAAAACCGUCACCGUUCUGGACCAGAUUCCGGUGGCACCACCGCCGGAAGGGACCCCCAAAAUCACUCUUCCCCUCAAGUUUCUCGACUUGUUAUGGCUGCACAUGGCCCCAGUUCACCGCCUCAUCUUCUACCAACACCCCAUCUCAAGAACCCACUUCCUAGAAACCCUGAUUCCGGCGAUGAAACAUUCUUUAUCUCUCACCCUUCGCCACUACAGUCCCCUCGCCGGCAAGGUGAUUGUUUCUCCCGACGAUUCUAUCCUGCCGGAAAUUCGUUACGAGGACGGCGACACCGUCCUGUUAGUUCUGGCGGAGUCUGAUUCAGGCGGCGAGGGUCAUUUUGACCAUCUCACCUCCGACCGUGCAAAAAGCUGUACUGAUUUUCAUCCUCUCGUUCCGGCCUUACCGCCGGCUUCGCGUGCACCGGACGGCUCCACCGUAGCCCCCGUGCUCGCGCUACAAGUGACGCUUUUCCCGGACGUCGGGAUUUGCAUCGGCGUGACCAAUCACCAUGCUAGCGGCGACGCUAGCAGCAUCUUCGGUUUCAUGAAGGCCUGGGAAUUUUUCUCCAAUCUCGGCGACAAGAAAACAUCGUCGUCUGUGUCGUUACCGCCGGAAUUUCUGCCGUCGUACGACAGAACAAUGAUCAGAGAUCCGAAAGGACUGGAAUCACUGUUCUGGGACACCAUGAAAACCAUCAAAAUUGAGGACACACACGUCCAUCGUCUUCCAUUAAUCACCAACCGGGUCCGGGUUACAGUCAUUCUGACCCGGGACGAAAUCCAAAAGCUCAAGAAUCACAUCCUCGCGCACCGACCGGAACAAAAACAUGUCUCCUCAUUUACCGUGAUUUGUGCGUACGUAUGGAUUUGCUUAGUAAAAUCGCGAUACGGUGCAGAAACAGACAACACCGACGACGAAGACGAGAUCUUCGGCUGCGCGGCGGAGUGCCGGACACGGUUGGAUCCACCGGCGCCGGAAAACUACUUCGGCAAUUGCCUCACGGCCGUCGUUGGAUUCGCGAAGACGAAGCAACUGACGGGCGAGAAAGCGUUGGUAUUCGCCGCCGCCUUGAUCGGAGACAGCAUCCGCCGGCAACUGUACGACAAGGAGUCUGGGGUUUUCAAAGGCGCUGAAGAUUGGUGUUCAUUGUUAAUGGCGGUGACACCUGACCGAUCAUUGAGCGUGGCUGGGUCGCCUAAAUUCGAUUACUAUGAACUGGAUUUCGGAUGGGGAAGGCCUAAAAAGUUCGAAUUUGCUUCCAUUGAUUUAACUGGUGCCUUAUCUUUUAGUAAAGCCAGGGACAUUGAAGGUGGAAUGGAGAUUGGUUUAUCACUGCCAGCCACACAAAUUGACAGUUUUUCCAGAAUUUUCACCAAUGGUUUAAAGGCUUUAUAGGUUUAUGCAUUUUCAAUUUGUUCCCUCUGUCUCAGAAUGCAGAGUUUAUUUACAUUUUGCAAUUACAAAAAUGUAUCCCUUCUUACCUUUGGGCAUUUUAAUAUAUGCAUUAUUAUUAUUA